AUGUCUAUCCGCCUGGUAAUGUCUAGUGAUUCCCUGCACAACACGACGUUUUCGUGCGAUAAUAUGGGCAUCCAUUACGACGUAUCCAAGGAGGAUAAAGCCAUAUCUAUUUACCGCUGGGAUAAUAGAUUCAACCAGAAGAUCCUCGUCGGCCAGAUCCAAUUUCACUUAAUUGGCAACGACCAAGUCCGCAUAGGGCAACAUGGAGAGUGGAGGAAAAGAAGAGACAUUCUGACCACAGAGGGAGGCAGUUCAAUGUCUAGAGCGCGAACAUUUCAUGGGAAUGAUGGCGUUAAGUAUAGAUGGAAAUUUCACUGGGAUUCGCUCCGGCUUUGCUAUGCGGACAAGAAUGCGCCUAAUCAAGAACCUCUGCUCAUAUACCACCAAUCCAGUUCGUCAAGAACGCAAUCGUACCUUGAAAUUCAUGAUCCCACGAUUCUGCCAGCACUCGACAGCAUUAUUGUCACAUUUGUUGUAAUGGAGAAGAAACGUAGGGACUCCGACGAGGCCGCAUAA